AUGCUAAGCAUCCCAAGUCAUAUAACAGGAAAGUCUGGUUAUUUGAAUAAGAUUCGGCUUGUGAAUGGGGAGAAUCGUUGUCAAGGACGAGUAGAAGUUCUUUACAAUGGAACCUGGGGGACAGUAUGUGAUGAUGACUGGGACAUUGUUGAUGCCAAUGUGGUGUGCCGCCAGUUGGGCUGUGGUCAUGCACUUGCUGUGCCUAGCAGACUGUCAUUUGGCCAGGGCACUGGACCUAUACUGCUAGACAAUGUGGACUGUGGAGGGAGAGAAACAGCUCUAAGCCAGUGUAGAAGCCUUGGAUGGGGGAUACAUAACUGCUACCAUUACGAAGAUGUUGCUGUCACCUGUAACGAAUUUUUACCAACACCAGCAAAUAAGGCACAUUCAUCAAAAGCAGCUUCAGCUUCCUUACAAAAUGGAUUAAGAGAUGGCAGUAUCAGACUGGUAAAUGGAGCAGACUCUUGCCAAGGAAGAGUGGAAAUAUUAUACAAAGAGAACUGGGGUACAGUGUGUGACGAUGACUGGGGAAUGAGCGAUGCAAACGUUGUAUGCAGACAGAUUGGCUGUGGAGAAGCCAUAGACUACAAAAGCAAUGCUUACUUUGGCUAUGGCACUGGCCUCAUCUUACUGGAUAAUGUGAAUUGUGAUGGAUCGGAGCUGCACCUCUCAGCAUGCUACAGCCUUGGCUGGGGAAUUCAUAAUUGUGGCCACCAUGAAGAUGCUGGGAUCAUAUGCACCAGUGGCAGCAUUAGACUAGUAAAUGGAAACAGCAGCUGUCAAGGCAGAGUGGAAGUUCUGUAUCAAAACACCUGGGGUACUGUGUGCGAUGAUGACUGGAAUUACAACAAUGCUCAGGUGGUGUGCAAGCAGAUUGGCUGUGGACCAGCUAUUGUGGCUACAACGCUGAGUUAUUUUGGCUAUGGCAGUGGUCCAAUUCUUCUAGACAAUGUGGAUUGUGAUGGUACAGAGAAAGACCUUACUGACUGCUUCAACCUUGGCUGGGGUCAACACAAUUGUGGGCAUCACGAGGAUGCUGGUGUUAUCUGUCAAGGUGGAAAAGACUCUGAUUGGCUGCCCAAAGGAAAUGAUUUUGAAGUUACAACAGAAUCUGCAACCCCUCCAAAAGAUGGCUCCCUUCGUUUGGUGAAUGGUAGUCAUCGGUGCGAAGGUCGUGUGGAGAUAUUUUUACUCUUACAGUGGGGAACAGUGUGUGAUGAUGCCUGGAACCUGAAAGCAGCCAAAGUGGUAUGCAGAUCACUUGGAUGUGGAGCUGCUGUAAAAGCCUGGGGGGAAGCAUGGUAUGGCCAGGGCAGUGGCUACAUCUUUCUUGACAAUGUAAAAUGCCAUGGCAAUGAAAGCUCCCUUAUGCAGUGCUCCUAUAUACAAUGGAAUGUACACAACUGUGACCACUCUGAAGAUGCUGGUGUGUUAUGUGGAAUCUUGUGAGAAGUUUAUACAAGAAAAAUAAAAAUAUGUAAAUGGUA